GGAUCUCGAUAGAAGUACCUAUAUAAAAGCUAGUUAAAUACCUAAAAUUCUUUCUUCAGAGCUAAAUCGUCGCGAUAUGUAGUCGACUUUGCCUGUCAAUACGGAUAAUUCUUAAAAGACGCAAUUACACUUGUCAUCUCAGCCUUUAUUUGUCAGUGAUAAAAAACGCGGGAAAUUAAUUCAUUGUUUCCGGCCGUGAUUGUUCCGGUUAAAUUUCUUUAAAAAUUGUUGACAAGUUUUGUUUAUGUCAGUUCAUCAAAAAACAUGAGUUGGAGACAUAUGCCCGUUUCAAGCAGCAACGGCGAAGAGAGCAGCAAAUUGCGUCAGCUGAUACAUAUCCUCUGCACGACUUCAUCACCGUGCCGACCUUUACCCGGAAGUGCCCAUAUGAGGUCACAAGGUCUCAGAAUCACCGGAGUCGAUUGCGAUGAAGUUUAUCCUCGAUUAUACAUCGGCGACGCUGAAAGCGCCCGAUGCAAGGACUAUUUGAAAUUGCUUGGUAUCACCCACGUGCUGAACACAGCCGAAGGAGCGAGAUUUGGCCAAGUCGACACGGGUCAUCUUUAUUAUAGGGACAUGCCCACAAUAAGAUACAUGGGAUUUCCAAUGAUCGAUAUGCCUUCGACCAAUAUCGCCAAAUACUUUUAUGUAGCAGCCAGAUUCAUUGAGGACGGACUGAAAAGCGGUGGGCGGGUACUCGUCCACUGCCACAUGGGUAUGUCGCGUUCUGCCACGUGCGUCCUGGCCUUCCUGAUGAUCUCCCGCGAUAUGACCGCGUGCGAGGCGCUGCGCACCGUCCGACUCAGGCGAGACGUCAGGCCCAACGACGGCUUCCUCAGGCAACUCACCGAACUGGACAGGGAUCUGGCCCUUCAGAGGUCGUCGAAUCGGUAUCGCUAGCAGUAUAGAGGUAAGUGAAAAUCGGGAAAGAUGGUUAUUAGAUUUGUGACAUAUAAUUCGGAAUAAUAAAUUUAUGAAAACAUAAAUG